UACGAGCGCGCUGAGAUGAGAAGUGAUGCUGUAUUUAAAUGCGUGUGCACAUUUCACCGGCGUCAGUCGCACGGAGCGGGUGACGCGCGCGAGUCAGUCGGGUCAGUCGAGUCAGUCCACACGUCAGAAGACAUGCGCCUUGUUAUCUGUGUCGCGGUGCUGGUCGCCGUCGCUGCUGCCCAUCGCGCCCCCCCGCACCGUGUGCACCAGCAAGCCCCGCAGCACGAGCCGCCGCAGCCGCCGCCGCUCCUCACUCCGCAGAGCACGUGCUCGGCGCCAGUCACUCGGCUGAGGGACGGCAACUUCAUGCCCAGGUUCGGCUUCGGGACUUGGCUGGGAUUCGACGAGAAUCAGGUGCCCAUACCGGUGACAGACGAGUCGGUGCAGCUGGCGGUGGAGAUGGCCAUCGACGCCGGCUACCGACACAUCGACACCGCCAGCAUCUACCAUAUUGAGGACCAGGUGGGAAGAGCCGUAAACAAGAAGAUCCAGGAAGGCGUCGUGCGGCGGGAGGAGCUGUUCAUCACUACUAAGCUGUGGAACGACGCGCACAGGCGCGAGGCGGUGGUGCCCGCGCUGCGCGAGUCGCUGCAGAGGCUGAACCUCACCUACGUGGACCUCUACCUCAUCCACUACCCCAUCGCCACUGAGACGAAGGCUUUCAAACCGUAUGCGGACGUGGACUACCUGCAGCCGUGGCCAGGGAUGGUGGAGGCGCAUCAGCUGAAGCUGACCAAGUCCAUCGGCAUCUGCAACUACAACAAGACGCAGCUGCAGCGCUUGUGGGACAGCCACGAAGUUAAACCGGCCGUCUUGCAAAUAGAGACGAACCUCAACCUGCAGCAAGCCGAGCUGCGCGAGUACUGCCACGACAACGACAUCGCCGUCAUCGGCUACACGCCCUUCGGCUCGCUGUUCCCCAACAAGCUGCGGCCGGGCGCGCCGCCCCCGCGGGUCGACCACCCCAUGCUCGUGGCCAUGGCGCAGAAAUACAACAAGACUGUGCCGCAAAUAGUGCUGAGAUUCAAUUACGAGCUGGGAGUAACUCCGAUCCCCAAGACCGUCACCAAGUCUCGCAUAUACGAGAACCUGAACAUAUUCGACUUCACCCUGGACGACUUCGACCGUCGAGACUUGAAGAAUUUCGACACCGGCUUCCGAGUCGUCGACGUUAAGUUCUUCAGUGAUUCUCCUUACUAUCCGUUUUAGGACAUUCAGCGUCAUACAAAUCUUAACAAGUCAAUAGAAACCAGUUUUAUUUCACACUCUUUAAAUAAAUCCUAAAUCUCUAUAUUUUGCUGUUUUAAGAGUGUGUUAGUACCGAGUGCGGCAUAACUAUGCAGUUCGCGUGCACGUGCAAUACUAAAAUAAAUUUUUCUUCUCGAAAA